CAUUUGAGAGCUGGGUGGCAGAGGGGACAGGGGGACAGGGGCGUUUGUCUCGUGCCACCUGGAAAGCCAUGUAAGACCUGCGGCUUUUCACAUCAGCCCAACUGGUUCUGCAUCAACUGGUUUUUAUUUGUACCAAGUUGAAGCCUGGAUACAGUGGUCUGAGCACGGAACACGCAGAAAGUUCAGCACCUGGGUGGGCUCUCCGGUCCGUUUGGAUGCAGGUGGACCUGAGGUCAGAGAGCAGCUCGGUGCUUUAACUGGUUUAACUGGUGAGGUUGGGGCAGCGCUGCGUUAUGAGCGGGGGUCGCUUCGAGUUUGAUGACGGGGGAGCUUACUGUGGAGGAUGGGAGGGGGGCAAAGCCCACGGCCACGGCAUCUGCACCGGCCCCAAGGGCCAGGGCGAGUACUCGGGCUCCUGGAACUACGGCUUCGAGGUGGUGGGGGUCUACACGUGGCCCAGCGGCAACACCUACGAGGGCUACUGGGCGCAGGGGAAGCGCCACGGGCUGGGGGUGGAAACCAAAGGACACUGGACUUACAGGGGGGAAUGGACCCACGGCUUCAAAGGGAGGUACGGGGUCCGGGUCAGCGUGGGCAGCGGAGCCAAGUACGAGGGCACGUGGAACAACGGCCUGCAGGACGGGUACGGCACAGAGACGUACGCGGAUGGAGGUACUUUCCAGGGUCAGUUCACUGGUGGGAUGCGGCAUGGCUACGGCGUUCGUCAGAGUGUCCCAUAUGGCAUGGCAGCAGUUGUCCGCUCCCCUCUUCGUACCUCCUUGACUUCGCUUCGCAGUGAGCACAGCAAUGGCACAAUCCUUCAGCAGGACAUCCCUGUCAUCACCACCACCAAUGCCUCAGGUGAAGAGACACCUGUCACCACCCCUACCCAGCUGGGACCGUCUCGUGGAGGUUUUGCCCUCACUCUCCAAGUGGACCCUGAAGCUGUGAAGCCUAAGAAGAAGGGUCUGUUUCGCAGGGGCUCUCUGCUGGGUAAGUUAAAGAAGUCUGAAUCCAACACAUCACUGUCCAGCCAGAAGAGCAAGCUUAGCUUCCUGAGGACAGAGUCAGCUCUCAGCUCCAAUGCCAGCGACACAAACUCCACCAUCAGCGGGGAUGAGAGCCUGGCAGGAGCUGAGGACUUCCCCCCAGUGGAGGCUGACAUCGACGCCACCACCACAGAGGUCUACAUGGGAGAGUGGAAGAACGACAAGCGCUCCGGAUAUGGAAUAAGUGAAAGAUCCAGCGGACUGAAGUAUGAGGGCGAGUGGCUCAAUAAUCAGAGGCAUGGCUAUGGCUGCACCACGUUUGCCGAGGGAGGGAAAGAGGAGGGCAAGUACAUGAAUAACAUGCUGGUGAAGGCCAUGAAGAAGAGGGUGAUCCAACUGAAGGGAACUAAGAUCAAGCAGAAGGUGGAGCGGGCGGUAGAGGGUGCACAGAGGGCUGCAGCCAUCGCCAAGCAAAAGGCAGAGAUUGCUGCUUCCAGGUCGGCCCAUGCAAAGGCCAAGUCAGACGGAGCAGAACAGGCGGGCCAGGCUUCCAACAGUGAGUCCAGCAUUGCCAGACUGGUGGCCAAAGAGCUCUCUCCUUCCUUCUACCAGCCAGGUCCUGAGUACAUGAAGAAGAGGGUGCUUCAGGAGGUUGUAGAAGACACUGAGAACACAGACACUGUCAUGCAUGAGCCUCUGCUGGCUGAGGAAGAACCCCUACUAGCUGAUGAGGAGCCCCUCCCCACACCACCUGAGAGUCCAUUUCUGAAUGAACUGGACAGCCUCAUGCCUGGCUCGUCCCCAGGACGCACCCCCUCCCCCAGCCCAGCCAUCGCCAGCAAGGAGGACCCCAAACUCCUCGGUCCAAGGGGCUGGAAUGAAGACAAAUCCAGUAAAGUUGGUUCUAUUAAAGCUCCCUCUAAGCCCAGCACUACAACCAGCAGUCGCCCCACCACCCCUUCAACUUUAGUUGCUACAACCUUAUUAGCUACACCUGAAGGAGGAGGGUCCCCCAGCAGUCGUGGCCCCUCUCGCUCCCCCAGUCGUCAAAGCAACAAAAAUGAGCAGAGCACAGACCUGGAGAUCAAGCCCCUGCAGAAAUUUGACUCUGAAGCAAAAGCUCUAGACUUUGCUCCAGCACCUGCAGCCUCUGUAAGAAACAGCCUCAUCGCACCUGAUGAAGAAGAAGCACCGUGCCCUGCCUCUAAUGUGACUCCCAAAGCUGUAACCCCCGAGCCUAAAGCCCCCAAGGUAAAAACUGAAAGAGUUCCAUCAGUCCAUGAAGCAACAGCGUCCACCUCUGAAAAGAAAAAGCUGUCCAGGGAGGGGAGCAGGCCAACCAUCGAAGCAGAGACAAGACCCACGCCAAAACGACAACCCAGCCCCACUCCACCUCCAAAACCUGCACCCAAUCAGGAAACUAAAACCAUUACGAAGCAAGUGGAAGCUAAAGUUAUAGCUGUCAAACCAGCCCUGAAGGCCAUAGUGUCAAGUAAGGAGAUGAUCACAGAAACUUCAGAACUGGAGGGUCCAAACACUAUAAUGGUGUGCAUGGUAAUCCUGCUCAACAUCGGCCUGGCCAUUCUCUUCGUUCACAUUUUAUCAUGAGAAAUUUUCCACCACUUCAGGUAAUAACAGGUCACCAGUGGUGUUGGAGACAGGUGGCGACGCUCCUCGUCCAUCAGGGUCACGGGGCCUCCUGCAGACCCAACUCAGUGAAGCUCCCGUCUCUGCAGAGCUCAGAGAAGCUGAAGGACACUGAAGAGCUGAAGCGUCUGAACGGGACUGUUUGCUUUAAGUUGCUAGCUGGAAGGUUGAGUAGGUCUCAGAGCCGACGGCGAGGAGCAGAAAAUUCAGCUUCGUCUCGGUGUGUCCACGACCAUUUCUGCUGUACGGCUUCUAACUACUUUUAACUUAACGGCUCCCACCGACUGGCUCUGAAGCAGUCGUUUGUAACACGCUGUCACCAUGUAUGUUUUAUUUGGAACGUCGGCUGAUUUGGGGCUGAAUUCUCUCUUCACUGUGCCUUGAACUUGACUGUACACUGCAGCAGACGUGUGAAGUAGUUUUGAAAUAACUGUUGAUGUCAGUGUUUUUAUUAAGGCCCAGGGUUACACAGCUGGAAAAGAUGAUCUAAAAAUGGAGGUCUGUGUGGGUUUGGGUCACUUGAACCACUUCUCUUUGUCCAGAUAAGUUGCACUUUUCAUCUUGUUGCCUGUAAGAAAAUGUCUUUUCUAAUCAUGACUCACAAAACUUGCAAGAUUGUAGAGUGGGACAAUGUGGAAAGUUCUGUUGUAUUCUGGACUUUACAGGAUGUGUUUGUGUUCUGCUGCUUUAGUUUGGAACGAAGCCAGAAUGGGAAGAGGCAUUAAGAACAUGAGUGUCACUGCUAUCGCUAACGUAUGUUCCUUUAACUGUGGGCAAGGCUGCAACUGUACGUUCCCAAGCUGUGGUCAGCAAAGGAAAGAGAUGUGUUUGCCUUGUCCACAACAAGCACUGUGUUGUAAUGAGGGCUGCAGUUUUCUCUUCAUGCAACAGGAGUUGAGAUGAAAUUGAGGCGUUUAUCUGUGGGUUUGUGACGGAGCAGAAAGCUGUGCACACUGUGCCACCGCACUGUACUCGGAGGGCCGUCAGAGCUGUACGUGUACGUCUGAAACUUUAUGUACUUUUGGUACUUUUUUCUUUGAAGUGCACCAUUGCAGCAAUCAAACUCACCUGAAGGUAAAGAUUAGUUUGAAUGCCGAGGACAAGACUCACCAUCCUACACAACACCCUGAACGAUUCUUAACUCCAUGUCUUACAGUGAAAAGAGCUUUGUUUCUGUUUGGGGGGAGGGGGGAGCUACGAGGGAGAAGUGGAAGUUGAUGUUGUUCUGUUUUUGUGUUUGCUCAUUAAAACUGCUGAUGAACUAAAAGCCGAAAAAGUAUUAACAAGAAAAAGUGUUUUAAUAAAAGUCCCAUGGUUCUACA